AUGAAGUUGGCUAACAUUCAACGAACUGCUCAGCUAAUAUGUGGCUAAUAUGGCUAAGUUGGGUUUCGUCUGCAACUUUUCGCGGUGUUUAAUACUGUGAAACAGCCAAACUGAAACUGUCCUCUUUAAACGAGUCCUCUCUCUCGAAUAGCCGGUGGCACUAAUGUGAGAGUUUUGCUGCUGGUUAGGUAAUUGCAGCUUUAUUUGUGCCAGCAUGUAGGGUUAACAAACUUGGUUUAUGGUGAUUUAUUUGGGUGAAAAUACUUUGGCAUUCAUAAAACUGAGAGUCGAAUGGACGUUUUAGUUAGUGUUUAGCUAACUAGCCAAAUGUUUAAACUUGGCAAACUUGUGCCCUGCUUUGAAGGAUUAAGGAUUAAACCAAGAGAUGAGGGAAAAGGUGAUGACUUGUACUUUUUUUUUUUUUUUUUUUUUUGAACUAGCAUUAGGUUUUUUACUUCAUUUGUCUGUAGUAAUAUCAGCUAACCACAUUGUUUAUACGACAAUGUCCAGUGUCGCAUAUUAUUGCAAUGACACUCCCUCCCAUUUUCACUGCACCGUUUCCAACAGCAGGCUUUUGAUAACUAAAUAAAACAAGCCUUUUAGGGCCUUGUAGUAUAUUGUGCUUCACUGCUUCCUCAUUAUAUAAAUUAUUCAGACCUCUGUUAUGACAAGUAAUCAGUUGAUUAAAGUGCUGGUUUAUCGAGCUGGGUAUUCCCUUGUUGUGAGCUGCAUUCAGUGACGCGCGCCGCAUUCCUCAUCUCACAGUGUUGACAUUGCGUAACGCACACUGGACUGGCCAGCAGCCCGUGUACUCUUCUCUAUACCUAUUUAAAGCAUCAUUCAUGAUAGUCACCUGGCCUAGAGACAAUACAGUUCACAUAUCAGCGUAGUUAUUGCUAUUUAAUAGAUCACUUUCAAACAACAUCGUCUCAGCGCUGAAAGAAGCUCAGCCUGAAUAUUGAUCGCCUAUUGAGUCUGCGCUGCUCUUCCCGUUCUUUGUCAAUGUGGAUCUAUCGGUCUCUAUGCGUACACUGCCUCCCUCUGGCAGAUGAGUAACCAGCGGGGCCUGACGCGUCGCAGUCGCACGGCCAGAUAGUCCCCUGCGAGCGCGGCGCGUCCCCCGGCUCGCAGCAUGCCCUCCACCAGCCGGGCAGGGAGCCUGAAGGACCCCGAGAUCGCAGAUCUCUUCUUCAAGGAGGACCCCGAGAAGCUCUUCACAGACCUCCGUGAGAUCGGUCAUGGCAGCUUUGGCGCGGUCUAUUUUGCACGGGAUGCGCGGACUGCAGAGGUGGUGGCCAUCAAGAAGAUGUCCUACAGUGGGAAACAGUCUAAUGAGAAAUGGCAGGAUAUCAUUAAGGAAGUCAAGUUCCUCCAGAGAAUACAACAUCCAAACAGCAUAGAGUAUAAAGGAUGCUACUUGCGGGAACACACAGCAUGGCUGGUCAUGGAGUACUGUUUGGGCUCAGCCUCUGACCUCCUUGAAGUUCACAAGAAGCCCCUUCAGGAAAUUGAGAUUGCAGCAAUUACACAUGGUGCUUUGCAGGGCCUUGCAUACCUUCAUUCCCAUAAUAUGAUUCACAGGGAUAUCAAAGCUGGGAACAUCCUGCUGACCGAGCCUGGACAAGUCAAACUGGCAGAUUUUGGUUCUGCCUCCAUCGCCUCUCCAGCCAACUCUUUUGUGGGGACACCAUAUUGGAUGGCCCCUGAAGUGAUUUUAGCCAUGGACGAGGGACAGUAUGAUGGAAAGGUUGACAUCUGGUCUCUUGGGAUCACCUGCAUAGAACUAGCGGAAAGGAAGCCUCCUCUGUUUAACAUGAAUGCGAUGAGUGCCUUAUAUCAUAUAGCACAGAAUGAGAGUCCCACACUGCAGUCAAGUGAAUGGACGGAUUAUUUUAGAAAUUUUGUUGACUCUUGCCUUCAGAAAAUCCCCCAAGACAGACCACACUCUGAGGAUCUGUUGCAGCAUGCAUUCGUCCUGCGAGAGAGGCCAGAAUCUGUUCUGAUGGACUUAAUUUUGCGGACAAAAGAUGCAGUCCGAGAGCUGGACAACCUGCAGUAUCGCAAGAUGAAGAAGAUCCUAUUUCAAGAGGCCCACAAUGGGCCGACCACUGAGACCCAGGAGGGAGAUGAGGAGCCGGAGCACAAUGCUGGUCGCACGGGCACAGUGAGCAGUGUGGGCAGUAAUCAGUCCAUUCCCAGCAUGUCGAUCAGUGCGAGCUCUCAGAGCAGCUCAGUGAACAGCCUUCCUGAUGCUGCUGACGACAAAAGUGAACUUGAUCUGGAGAAAGACCACACUGUUAUGUCUAACAGUUCGGUCAUACACCUGAAGCCUGAAGAAGAGGAAGUUUACCAUGGGGAUCCUGAAACGCAUCCUCGUCCCUCAGAAGCCCAGGCAGCACCUGCACAGCCCCCGCAACGCAAACACCAUCGCAACCGUGAGCACUUUGCCACCAUCCGCACAGCCUCGCUGGUCACACGACAGAUGCAGGAACACGAGCAGGACUCUGAGCUGAGGGAGCAGAUGUCCGGUUACAAGCGCAUGAGACGGCAGCACCAGAAGCACCUUAUGGCCCUGGAGAACAAACUGAAAGCAGAGAUGGACGAACACAGGCUGAGACUGGACAAAGAGCUGGAGGCCCAGAGGAACAGCUUUGCCACUGAGAUGGAGAGACUUGUGAAGAAAAACCAAGCAGCCAUUGAGAAAGAUGCCAAGUCAUUUGCCAAUGAUGAGAAGAAAUUCCAACAGCACAUUCAAGCCCAGCAGAAGAAAGAGCUUAGUAGCUUCCUGGAGUCACAGAAACGAGAGUACAAGCUACGCAAGGAGCAACUGAAAGAGGAGCUAAAUGAGAACCAGUCCACCCCUAAGAAGGAGAAGCAGGAGUGGCUGUCGAAGCAGAAGGAGAACUUUCAGCACUACCAGGCAGAGGAGGAAGCCAACCUGCUCCGCCGACAGCGCCAGUACCUGGAGCUGGAAUGUCGGCGCUUUAAACGCCGAAUCCUCAUUGCAAAACACAAUGUAGAGCAAGACCUCGUGCGGGAGGAACUUAAUAAGCGCCAAACGCAGAAAGAUCUGGAACAUGCCAUGCUGCUCCGCCAACAUGAGUCCAUGCAGGAGCUGGAGGUGAGGCAGCUGGGCACCAUCCAGAAGAUGCGUACGGAGCUGAUCCGCUUACAGCAUCAGACUGAGCUCACCAACCAGCUAGAAUACAACAAACGCAGAGAGCGAGAGCUGCGCCGCAAACAUGUCAUGGAGGUCCGGCAACAGCCCAAAAGCCUUAAGUCUAAAGAGCUGCAGAUCAAGAAGCAGUUCCAGGACACGUGUAAGAUCCAGACACGGCAGUAUAAGGCCCUGCGCAACCACCUCCUGGAAACCACGCCCAAGUCUGACCACAAGGCUGUGCUGAAGAGGCUGAAGGAGGAGCAGACACGGAAAUUAGCCAUCCUUGCUGAGCAGUACGAUCAUUCCAUCAAUGACAUGCUUUCCACACAAGCUCUGCGAUUGGACGAGGCACAGGAGGCUGAAUGUCAGGUGCUAAGGAUGCAGCUGCAGCAGGAGCUGGAGUUGCUAAAUGCCUAUCAGAGCAAGAUCAAAAUGCAGACGGACGCACAGCACGAUCGUGAGAGGAAAGAGCUGGAGCAGAGGGUUUCGCUGAGGAGGGCUCUUCUUGAACAGAAGAUUGAAGAGGAGAUGGUUACCCUGCAGAAUGAGCGAUCAGAACGAAUUCGCAGUCUGUUAGAGAAGCAGGCCCGGGAGAUCGAGGCGUUUGACUCUGAAAGCAUGCGUCUGGGCUUCAGCAACAUGGUGCUCUCCAGCCUGGCUCCGUCCGACGGCCACAGCCACAGCUUUCCAGGGGCCCAGAGUAGCUGGGGUUCCCAGCAUGGUGCAGGCUCUCAGGGGUCACACUGGGGAGGGCAACAUAGUGGCAGCCAGCACGGCCACCACCACCACCCAAGCCACAGUGGCUCUAUCCAGCAGCCCUGGGGUCACGGCCUGUCUUCAGGGGGACCGCCCCCCUGGGGGCACCACGGGUCUGGAGGCAGUCAGCGCUCAAGUGGGGGAAGCAGUGGGCUACGGAACAGUCCCCAGGCAGUACGGCGGGCCACCACAGGGGGCCGCAGUGAGCAGGGGAUGAGCAGGAGUGCCAGCAUCGCCUCUCAGAUUUCCAAUGGCUCGCACCUGUCCUACACGUAAGAUCCCCCGCUGCUCACCCACAACACUUGUCUUGGCCCAAAAUGCCAUAGGGGAAGGGAUAAAGGGGCACCAUGGUCUUUUUUUUUUUUUUUUUUUUUUUUUUUUUUUUUAACAUCCAUUCCUUUAUUUCUAGUCCUCAAAAUAUAUAUUUUAUACACAUGGCAAGCACAAAAUGCAUUCACUGUAGUUCCAGUUACAGAAUGUCAGCCAGAAAGGGCACUUAAAUGUUCUGGCAAGUUUAAUCAGCUAGAAUCCAGAAUGACAAAGUCAUUUUUGCAGUGAUGCGAUGUGCAUUUUAGAGCAAGUUAGAUUUGAAAUGAGAAUGUUAGUGAUGGUAAGAAUGAAUAAAUGAAUGCUGUGUAUUGUAUGAAAGUCUUUAUGCAGUGGGUUUUUAUCAUGGUCAGGUUGUUUUGGCUGGAUUCGUUGCAAAGAGUGGGAGUUGAAUGCAUAUGAAUCCAUGUUUCUAAAGAAGUUAUAGGAAAACAAUUGCAAAUAUAUAUAUGGUUUAAAGGUUGGAUAGCAGAAUGUGAAAGAAUCAAGCUUUACAGUGCACUUGAUUUUGUCUAGCGUAGUCUUUUAUAAAGCACUAAUGUUUUAAUGUGUUAAUAAACAGUAUGCUCUUUUUGUGCCAGAACAAAUUUUAACUAUGAAAAGAUACUGUGAAAUGCUAGGAGUAUUAUUUUGAUUAUUGAAUUAUCGUGAUUUUUUUUUUUUUUUUUUUUUUUACCAUCACACUUUUGCCAUGCAUUGCCAACCCUUCACUAAAAACAGUGUGGAGAGCAGGAUGCCAUUUUGCUUUUUGAAAACAAAGCGUAAAACUCUGAUAGCAAGUGUAUGAAAAGAUUUGUUCCAUUUCUAUAUGCCAAAAGGACAUAGGUGGUUAUAAGGUAGGUGUGCAAAAUGACUAUAUUAAUGUGAAGGUACUUUAAGGGUCUUGAAAAGUGGGGGUGUCUUGGACUGAAUAUGUGACACUGAAUAAUGACACCUUAAACAGGUUUUGUUAUGUGAAUGUACAUGAGCGUUAAAGCAUGUUGGCACGGUACAACUCCACUCCUGCAUAACAGUAUGGCAAAAGCUGUUGUUGCAUAUUAACGUUCGUUUUAGUCUUUUGAUUUAGUGAUGCCAAAGGUAACAAUCACAACUAUGCAAAAGGAGAAUAGCCUGUCACAUUCACACCUUCUUUCACUGAGCUUAACAUCACAGAAAAGCACUUUACCAUCCCUUUCUAUUCUUAGUUGAUCACUACAAUCAUAUACGAGCAGAUCUCCUGGACCUCGGGUGCCCCCUCCUCCCCUUUCUUAGGCUGGGUUUAACAAGAGCGUGUUGUGUGGAUUUUAGGGUGGGGAGGUCUAGGUUGGGUAGGCUUGAGACCGCUGAAUGUUUUUGCUGGGCGGGUGGGUGCCGCUGCUGUCGUCCCUGCAAUGCCUUGGUUUCUUCCACACCCACCCCAGAGCUCCAGUGACUGCUGCCCACCCUCCAACCGAACACUUGUCACAGCAUGUAGAAAAAAAAGUGAUUAAAAAUGCAAUGGAAAACAAGGUUAGAUAUCAUAUAAAACAUUAUGGUGGAAGGGUAUACAGCCAGAAGACAGCUUUAAGUGAGAUGUAUAGGAAAACAUUUGUGUAUAUUGUAUAUUUAGAAUUUUGAAUACAUGAAUAAAUUGAAAUCAAGAGAGAGACCCAAGUUAAAACUAGACUAAAAUUUAAUUGCCUGAAUGUGAAGAUAAAAUAAAAAAUAACUUGGUUUCUAAUAUUGAUUAUUUAAAAAGAGGAAAAAAUUAUAUAUAUAUACACAGCAUAUUCUCAGAGGUGUCAAGCGAAGCCAAAAAAGAUUUUAUUUUCCCCGCAAUUAGAUUCACACAGAGGAUAUCACUCUUUAUAUGGAUUUUUCCAUCAUCCUUUCUUUGCUUCUUGCUCUCCUUGCUUUCAAAGGUAUCAAUUACCAUAUUCACUCGUGCCAGUACUCAUGUUCUGUUAUCUGUGAACCAGCAGUGAACUUUAAUCUUCUGAAACAUAAAUGCCAUUGGUUUUCUUUUGUUUCGGGCAAAAAAAAAAAAAAGAGAAACAUUUUCAACUGCCAUCAUGCCUAUUACAGAAGAGCUUCAAAAACAUUUUUCCAAGAAAAGAAAGUGCUGUCUACAAUAUCUAUCAAUUCUAAACACUAUUUUGGCACACUUCUGGUAUAUGCAUGGGAUUGCAGAUUUCAUGAAGUUGCCUUUCUCAGUCUAACUAAAGCAAUUGAGCCAAUGCAUCGCCAAUUCUAAAGAUUUGGGCCAAAUGUAACAAAUUAACAUGAGAAUAUAUAUAACAUGCCAAUUAUCUAAUAACAUUCAGUACUCUAAUGGAAUCACUGGACCAGAGGAACAGCCAUAGACUCAAAAUGUGAUCUUUUUGACAUUGAGUUUACUCUUGCAAACAGGGUCAUGCAGUAUUUUCCAAAGGAGAGCGGUGUGCCCUGUCGUAUGAGAGUAGAUUUCUUUGGAAGCUCCUUGUUUUAAUGAGCCUUUGAAUAAGUGUGAAAACAACAAGAUAAAUAAUAUUCAAAGAAGGUGGUACAUCUCUGUACAGUGUGUUUACCAGUAUUUCAAUCAUUUUCUUUCGAUGGUCAUUGUCUCAUUUUUCCUGCUUCAACAUUACCAUAGCAAUCCAUAUAUAACCUGUAUUAAAAUGUAUAGAUUGUGAAAAACUGAAUGUUGGAGAGAUUACAAAAGUUGUUAUGGCUAUUCAUAACAAAAACACUUACAAUAAGUGAAUUAAAAAAAUAUAAAAAUUAUGAACACUUAAGGGGACAAAUGUAAUGUUUUGUUUGUAAUUACUCCUUUUGUUGGCAGGGGGUUACUGGACAAAUAAAUCAACUGUAAUAAAGUAAUUUUAGUAUA